AUGGCGUUCGCGGCGGCGAGAAUGAUCCUUAAGGACAAGCGACGGAAGGCCAGCAAAGAGGACUUCGCGCCACGAAAUAGGAGCAAGGCCCGCAGCGCCAGUACAAGUAGCUUUAGAAGCCUGAGCCAGGCUCGCAACAAACCAGCCGACGGAGUUGGCCAUGUGAACCAGAAGGGCUCGGCGGGUCAAAAGGCGCCGCUUGCAGCCGGGCAAAAGGUGGCGCCUGGUGGAAAAGUUGCCGCGAAACCUGCUCAGAAACCCACUGCUCAGAAGGGACAAGUGAAAGUUACACCCAAGGCAGCCUCCGUGAAGACUGGCAAGAACAAAAAGAAGGGCCAGAGACAGCAGUACGAUCUCAUCGUCACUAUCAACUUGUCUGAAUAUGGACUCACGGAGGAUCAAGUGGCCGAAUUCAAGGAGGCGUUCAUGCUCUUCGACAAGGACGAGGAUGGCACUAUCACGAUGGCGGAACUCGGCGUGGUCAUGCGAUCUUUGGGACAGAGGCCGUCCGAAACGGAACUACGAGAUAUGGUGAACGAGGUGGAUCAAGAUGGCAACGGCACCAUCGAGUUCAACGAGUUCUUGCAGAUGAUGUCGAAGAAGAUGAAGGGUGCCGAUGGAGAACACGAAUUGCGCGAGGCAUUCAGGGUAUUCGACAAGAACAACGACGGCCUGAUCUCGUCGAAAGAGCUGCGACACGUGAUGAUGAACCUCGGUGAGAAAUUGUCGGAGGAAGAAGUAGACGACAUGAUCAAGGAAGCGGAUCUAGAUGGCGACGGAAUGGUGAAUUAUGAAGAAUUCGUGACAAUCUUGACGUCGAAGAAUUAGUUCGGUCGAGAAGUAAUCCAGCUGCCGGAAGUCUUCGUCGAAGAACGGAAUCAAACACGUGAAGUCCCUCUCCAAGAUCGUAGCAGGACGGUCAUCCUCUCGAAUCCCACCAUUGAAGACAUGGCUGAAACGUCUUCGAAGGUAGCGAGAAAAGGAAGACUUGGUUCAAUCAGCUUUUGGCGCACAGCUUUUUCCUCAUGCGAGGGUAAGUGGUACCGGAAGACUGAGAAACGUGUCUCGAGUGGUGGGAUGACGGGUGACGCGGCGGUAAAUCUCGCAGGGAUGAGAGAGAACGAAUAAGGGAAAAUGAAGGGUGACUUCCGCAGUUGCACACGCAUACACGCAUACACACCUCGCUCCUUCGAAUUAACUUUACAAGUAUAAGCUAGCGAAACGACAUUAUACGUGAAAACGAAAAAAAAAAAACAAAAAAAAAACAAAAAACGAGUGAGGUGCUCGCUCCCGAAACAAUCAACUGAGCUUUGUUUAGCGUUUACCUACCUACUACUCUCUAUUAAUGCUAUACAACGUCGUUAUUGAUAUUGUUAGGAAUGAAAUCUGAAACCUUCUCCAUUCUUCACCGAUCUCAUUUACACGAUACUUCUUGGCAGCGACGAUUUCAGGGAUCGUUCGAACGUGGAUCGUCCUGCACGCAAUAUUGAUGCAAUAUUUCGUGGAAAUGUAUAAACGGUGGAGGAUCGGAGUGGUCAUUGUUGAACGAAUAGUGCUAUUAUCGAGGCACGGUUAACGAUGUUUGCCGAAUAUAUCGCGGGGAUAACGUUGACACAGCAUUGGAUCAAUAUUGAUGCGAUUGGAUUGAGAAAUGACGUGUUUCGUCUAUUUGGAUCCGCGUCGAAACGAUCGAGAAACUCGUCGUCCCUUUCACAUUUUGUCGUUCGAUCGGUAUUGUUCCUCCAAUUUCGUAGACUCGCUUGUGAACGAGACGAAUCCCCCCUCCCGACUCGUUGUCGAGUCGAUCUUUCAGGUGUCAUCAACUAUCAUUAACAUUCUGGCCGCGGGACUCGACGCGAGAUAGCUCUAUAACGAUCUGUCUUCAAAUUUAGAUGAAUGUCGUUGGCAAGUACUUAGAUUAGUCUUAACGAUGCUCGUGGCAGAAUUUUUAGACGCAUGUCAUGGAUGCAUGCCAGAAUGCGAACGCUGGAAAAAAGAAACAAGAAUCGAAGUAAACAGCAAGCAGUAGCCGAUUUUUUCCGUAAAUGUUUACAACAACACACAUCGUAGGACGUUUGUCGAUGGUUUCAGUUGUCGAACGUUUUUCUAUCCCUUGUGUUUUUGUCAACGCUCGAAAAGUAAACAGAGAAUCUGGUGAGUGUACCGCCCUUGUUGUUAGCCCCAAGACGCGAGCUUCGAUCCUCUGUGUCAGCUCUCCCUGUACCGAACACACACCGUCCGCCAGAAAGCACCUCGACAUUUUCGAUCCCGACACCCACCAUGCCAACUGUAAUAAUACGUCGUGCACCCUUUAGAUCCUUAAGAUAAGAAGCCGCAGCCGUAGGUCGCGAAUAGAAGGUAGUUAAUUAGCAGCAUAGA